UCCGCCUCGACUGCGCACACACAACAACAAUCGAUAGGCCGUCUGCCGAUAACUUCUAGUAUUGUUCUAACGCGUAGCCAGCAACAUAGAAGAAAAUAAAUAAAUAUUUAUUUAAGUGGAUUUGUGUGACGUAUAUAUAAUGUGGAAGCAUUUUACAGUCACGUUGGCGCUGCUGGCUGUUUUUGCCACUCUGGCGGCUGGCAAAUCCGAUCCCGGUAUCAUUGACGUUGUCAUAGAGCAGGAGGAUCUGCAACCGAUUGUCGAACAGCGUCCCUUAUUGGCCAACACCAAGAUAUACAUAAAACUGGAGUGCUUGUCCGAGGGGGAAGUUCCACUAACCAUAAACUUCAAGCUGACCAAACAUCGAUGUAUGUACGAGGGCCGUUUUCUGCAAGUGCUGAGCGACAAUCCAAAUAUCCAGCAAAAUGCUAGCUUCAGGCAGCUCAUCAAAUCGACAACAACCAAUGUAAACUGCACGCAUCUCAUUGCCCUCACCGACGCCAGUGACGCGGCCACCGAGCUGCAGGCCGAGGAUGUGCACCCUCUAAAGCAGACCAAACAUCCGCUAUCGGCAACUCGCAAACCCAUUGCAAGUAUUGCUGACGAUGGCAUCUACCAGGUGGAGCUGACCAUUUUAGCCACGACGCCGGCCCAAUCUUUUCGCGCAGCGGUGCGCAUUGAGUUUCUGGGACCGCAUGGCUAUAUAUCAGCCAUCGAUUGGCCAUUCUUGCCGUUCUAUUUGAUAAUGUGCGUUGUCUAUGUCAUUUUUGGCAUCAUUUGGCUUUUCGUAUCCUUCGCACAAUGGCGCGAUCUGUUGCGCAUACAAUUCUGGAUUGGCGGCGUCAUAUUGCUGGGCAUGCUCGAGAAAGCAUUCUUCUAUGCGGAAUAUCAGACAGUCGCUAAUACUGGCUUUCCAGUGCAGCACGCCGAGCUCGUUGCGGAAUUCGUGUCUUGUGCUAAGCGCACGCUGGCCCGCAUGCUGGUCAUCAUAAUGAGUCUGGGCUUUGGCAUAGUCAAACCGCGACUGGGACCCAUGCUACAUCGCGUGGUGGGCAUGGGCACCUUGUACUUUAUAUUGGCCUGUGUGGAGAGCUACUUGCGCAUUACCAGGGUGAAGAGCGAUCGCAGCGAGCUGCUGUUGGCUACCAUCCCACUGGCUGUACUGGAUACAGUCAUUUGCUGGUGGAUAUUUACGUCGCUCGUGCAGACCACACGCACGUUGCGUCUGCGCAGAAAUAUGGUUAAGCUAUCGCUGUACAGACAUUUCACCAAUACGCUGAUAUUCGCUGUUAUCACUUCCGUUAUUUUCAUGUUGUUUGCCUUGCGUUUGCGUAGAACCGAAAACUGCACGCCCGGCUGGCAUGAUAUCUGGAUAGAUACGGGCUUCUGGCAUUUUUUGUUCUCUGUGCUGUUGCUGGUUAUCAUGAUACUGUGGAGACCCACCAACAACAAUCAGCGUUAUGCGUUUACGCCACUGCUAGACAAUCCGGAGGAUGAGGAUGAUGAUGAUGAAGAGGAUCAGUUUGUGGCAGAUGCGUAUGGCGUUAAGAACCGUGGCUUACAUCAAAAUGGCACAAAUCGAACAACAGCGAAUUCGCGGGCGGCCACCACCACCGAGGAGGAUGACUUGCGCUGGGUGGAGGAGAAUAUACCAUCAGCAAUGGGCGAUUCCGCGUUACCGGUGCUCGAUUCCGAUGAGGAGGUCAUCAAUACCAAGUUUGAAGUUUCCAAAAUGCAAUAAGCUGCUUGCCACGUCUGCUGUGUACCUAAGAGACUUUUACAUAUAUGGAUAUGGAUAUAUGUGUAGCACAUUUAUUUAUAACUUCUGUUGAACGCACUAAUGACAGCCGAAGAGUAUUAAUUGCUGGACUUCUACUGCUCUUCUACAGGCCAUCAUGUAGCUCACUUCUCCCCUCACUUGCUUGUUUUUCAACCACGAAUCACAUUUUCAGUCAGUCAAAAAGUACGUCUUACGAGCAUCCCCGUGUAAAAUAUUGUAUCUAAAACAACGUAAUCUAAUUUUCGGACUUCUAACUAAAUAAAUCUAACUUAUUCGUAAUCACUA